GAGCACAAACGUACAAUUAACUACCAUACAGUCGUGAUGGGAAAAUGAAAACAUUGGAUCAAUUCACUUCCAUCCGUCGCGCUUUCAACAUCGCAAAAUUUUAUGCUAGCCGUCGUCGCCGUCGCGAGUUUAAUGGGUUUCCUGUGCUACCGGAUUGAAGGGUGCAGUCGAGGAAUAAUCGCGUACUGUGAUUGGUCAUUGAUUUUUUAAAUCUGAUUUCUGUAAUCAAAAUGCCACGAAGAAUAUAAUGCAUCUUGUAGUGGAUGUGGCUGAUAUAUGCUUUUGAAGGAUAGAUACAGGUAGCACUGUAUGAAUGGGGAUUUUAAAGGUUCGUCACAAUGUUUAUGGGUGGCUAAUAGUUGCGAAUUGAUGUUUGCGUUACAUACUGUGAAGAUGAGCAGUCAUUCCUACAGUCCUGAAAAGGUUUGAUGCGUCUAUGAUGGUUCUAUCCGCAUCCGUCUGUUACUCUGCAUGAUUGGUGAUAUAGUGAAUGGCGCAAAUGCUCGGCACACCUCGUAGAGCAACAUAUCCAGUCCUAUAGUGAGUAAGUGGAAAAGUGCACUUGUUUUGAUCUCCUCUUUGAAGUAUAUGGAGGAGAAAGUGAUCGUGUUCGGCACUAGGCGAAAACGACGGGAAACCAUGUCACGGCGAAUAAAUUUGAUCGGAGUGUGUGCCAUCAGUGGCUUAUGCAUUCUGCUGCUCUUUGCGAGCCACCGAUUAACGUCCAACAGUUACACUACGGAGUACUUCAAGCCUCGGGAACGGAACGCCAAUCUACGGCUGCUGAAUGCACAUAAAUUCUACGGCACGAAAACAUUCAGCGGGAGUUCAUCGUACGACACAUACCCGCCAAUUCCGACGCCUCAGAACUCUACGGUCACCAUCGAGGAUAUUCUCAACUAUCAGCGCUCGCGGAUAGCGGACGAAAUGGCCGAGUUCGAGUACCCGAACGGCCUGUACAGCAAUGGCGCGUCCAAACUGUCGGAUCUGACACCGGAAACGGGCGGCCAGCCGAUGCGCAGCAUCAUCAUCACCACGUGGCGCUCGGGUUCGACCUUCUUGGGCGACAUUCUGAACGCCAUGCCCGGUAAUUAUUACCACUACGAACCGCUGCUGGAUUUCGAUAUCAUACAGAUCCGCGGUCCGCCGAACGAUCGGAUUGCCGUCCACAAUCUCAAACAUCUGCUCAAGUGUGAUUACAACGAGAUGGAAAGUUAUUUGGAUUUUGGUCGAACGCAUAACUACCUAUUCAGUCAUAAUACUCGCCUGUGGCGACACUGUCGGCUGUUUCCGCACUUUUGCUACGAGCCAAAGUUCCUGGGACCUUUCUGCAAGCUGUUCCCAAUGCAGAGUAUGAAGGUUGUACGCCUGAGGGCAUCGCUUGUCCAACCACUGCUGGAGGACGAAAGCCUAAAUGUUCGCGUGAUUCUUCUGAUUCGGGAUCCACGGGGGUCGCUGCAGUCUCGCAAACACCGGGUAUGGUGUCCCGGUCGACCCGACUGCGACCAUCCGCCCACCGUGUGCAAUGAUAUGCAGCUCGAUUACGAAGCAGCCAUCGAGCUGACUAAGCUGUUUCCCACGAGGUUUAGAGUGCUUCGGUACGAGGAUCUCUCGCUGAACCCAUAUAAGAUGACCAAAGAAAUCCUGAAGUUCUACGGCCUACCCUUCGAUUCCGCCGUUGAGUCGUUCCUUGAUACGCACACCAAGCUGGACAUUGGCGGGGUGAGUUCCACCUUCCGGGAUUCCAAAUCGGCUCCGUUCCACUGGACGAAGGACCUCACAUUUGAGGAGGUGAAGGUGAUCCAGGACAGCUGUGUAACAGCGAUGAAAUCGUGGGGCUACCGCAACGCUACCGACGAGAAGGACCUGCUGAGCUUCGAUCCGCUGUUGCCGUACAGUGUGUCGUGAAACAGCACUGGUUUGGACUCGACUGAGAUUGAUGACGGUACCGGCAGCGGCGGCAGUUACUACGGCACAGCGGUACAUUAAAGGACAAAAUUUGAUACAGGUUGUCUUUUGUCAUCGUGUGUUUCCCACUGCAAUAGUAGCGGUGACUAAUUGGUGAUUCUAGUGAAAUGGGUAAUGUACUUGUCCGUUUUGAACGGCGGCACCGAAGCUUUGAGUUGCUUCGGUAGCGGAAUUAAGCAAACAUAUUUUUAGCGUUUAUUAAGAACACGAGCAUCUGUGAUGAAACUAGGUAAUGAAAUAAAUAUCGAAUAAUUUAUGUGAGCACUAAAAUACUGGUUGAACAAAACUACAUACUAACUAAUAUUGUAAGGUCUACUGUGUACGUGUGUUCUCUAAACGGUCCACUGUGUAGGAAAUACCGAAAAAUGAAGGAUUACGCCAUUUUCCCACAAAGUAACGAGUGUAAUGCUUGUAAGGGGAUCAUACUUCCGCUUUAAACUAUUACUAAAUAUCCGACUUAAAUAGGAAGACUUAGAUUAUGACAGAGCAAAUCGCUGUCAGAUUAUUAGUACUGUUUGAUAAGGUGAAAUGCUUUCUUCAAUCAUUUGAAUCAUUAGUUAGAAUAUAUUAAUCUAGUUGAUUUGUUCAAGGAAUGUUGUCAUAUUGCAAAUUUUUGAUUGAUAUGUUGAAUCCUUUGUGAGUAAAAUGGAAACUAUAGAUAGUGGAAUAUAUAGAUGAGCGAAGAUAAAUCCUCUGUCUCCAAACGAACUGUCAAACGUGUCUCCAAACGAGCAUGACGUCACGAUUUCAAUGGAAAUGUUAAGGGCUGUGACGUCAUAUGCGCGUGUGCACGGGCAAAAAAAUCGACUCAGCCAUGCUUUCGCUCAUCUAUAGAUUCUACUAUCUAUAAUGGAAACCAUUACCAAUUUGACAAUUGUAUUACGCGGGACUACGUUUGUUUCACACGUGAAGUAGAAUAAUGCACUAGUUUUGAAUACCACCACUACAACCCGAGACUAACCAAAGGUAAUGAAUGCUGAAAGCAGAUAUUACUUGCUCUUUUUGCAUCCUUCCCAUGCAUAAUGGUAAACAUUGUUGGAUUGAAACCACUUCUGAUAUAUUGAAUUUGCUUUUGUCGCUACAUAUAGCCUUUGGUAAUACUAUGUUCGCACUAGGGGCCUUGUAACAUGUUAUUCGGCUAUCUUGAUGAGCUUUCUUUUGUCGAUAAUUUGAAUAACAUGUUAUUCAGGCCGUAGUGCGAACAUAGUAUAAGGGUAUAAGGGAGAUCCGAUACCGAGAAGAUCAUGCUAGGUUUAAAUCCUGGAAAAGGGAAAUUUUUGACACACGCGACGCAACUAUCGCCGUCGCUUGGCGACUACAAUUCUGUCGCCGUUGCUAUGGAAGCGCUAACACGCUGUAUACAACGACCCAGCGAUAAAGUGGCGACGACAGUCGCCCAGCGACAGCGACAAUCGUGUCGCAUGUUUGGAGGAACCUCUAAAGUACUCUACUCGUGCUAGGGCACUUUAGAAACCUCCCAGUUAAUAAGUGUGAAAAUGCCUAGUGAACACUAAGCUACAAGGCAGAAAUGUCCCAGUCUUUCGACAAUUCUUUUUAUAUAUGUUUUUAUGUUCUUUUUGAAGUAAUAUAAUAAUUGAUGGAAAUUUCCAACACCCAUCCCCAUAGCAUUUUUUAAUUUCUAUUUAAUUUAUUAAUUUAUUCUUCUUUUCUUGUAUGAAGCAUGGAAUAUGCUGAUCCAUAUAUUAGCAGUUCAACAAUAUAAUAUGUUUAUUGAAGCUUAUUCCGGCUCCACUUUUCAUUUUGAGCAGCAAUCAUAACAAUUGUUCUUAGCUCGGUCAUACCCCAUCAUGGCGGAAGCUCAACCAAAAAGUGACGUUAAUAAAUAUAAAGAAACCAAUAAGCAAAUCUGUUAUUCAAAUCAACCACCUCUAUUCACAUUACUGGUACGUUUUUAAACUCAAUGUUGCUUCAACCGACAUAUUUGUAGUGCACCAAUCGUUUAGAAGUACUAAGGCAGUAAGGCUCAUUAUCUUGAACAUAUCGUUUGAAGGAAAGCACUGUGUUAGAUCACAAACUUCCUAACCAUUUAAUGGCAUCAAUUUCGAAUUUUCCCAGUGCAUUUGUCAAGAUCCGAUCAAAAUGGAAACACUGCGAUGUGGGUUUUUAAUAAUAGUUGUUUUACUCUAGUAUCAGCUAGAGAUCCUACGUAUAGUUCCGUAAUUUCAAAACGAUUAAUGCGAUUUAUUACGAUGAAACAAUAGAUAGACACACAAUUUAAUUGACCGACAGAAAGUUUGACAUACUUUACUUAAAUUUCACAAUAUGUAAUAAAAUAAAGUAAUUAUAGUGCCUUGUAAUCGGAAAUAGAUUGAUCCAAGUUAAUGGAACGAUAAAUAAAAAAUAACAUAUUAAAAACAAUACGCUACUCUCUCUAUUAUCACGAACAAAAUACGUUGUAGAUUAACAAUAAACAUUGAACAAUCUUAGUAGUAUGGAAACCUUAUAGGGAAAUCGCUAUAAAUAACUGUUUUUCUUUUUUGAAAUGUCUACUGACUAAUCCUAUAAAAGCAGUGCUAGAAUGUAAGAAGUUCUAUUUACAGAAACUGUCCUAAAUUGCUACCUACUCUAGUAAUAAAAUAAGUCCGAUAAGUCGAGCACUUUGUAUAACGCAACCAAGCAGCAACGAAUUAAAUAAAAAACCACAUUAAAAAAUGGUUUAUUACAGGUCACUACAAACAUGAACAUGGGUGGCAAUUCACUGACCGUUUUCUAGCACUACUACAUAUGGCUGAUAAAUUAUUCAAUAAGCAACGCAAAUGAGGUUUUGAGUAUGACGAGCCGUAUAGCUGAUGUAGGUUUUAGCGGAACAACUAUAUAGUAACCAAUCAUAAUUUAUUGAAUCUUCAGAAAUUGAUCGAAUGAACAAAGCCUAUGCUCAAGAAUUUGAAUAAAAACAAAUGUGAAAGUUA